CUUGCACCACUGGGGUAAAUUACUAGGACAUAGGCAACGUUUAGGACAAUAUAAGGGCCACGUUUCACAAAAGUUAAUUAAAAAAACAACAGCACAAGUAUUACUAACUCUUAAGCUGAAACCGCAAACAAACUCAAACUAUAAUUAUGUCUGGAGUACACUUGGAACGCUUGGAAAGUGUUGAUAACACUUGUCCAGUGUGUCAUGAUAUCUAUGAAAUUUACGCUGUUGGACCAUGCGACCACCCUGUUUGUUACCGAUGCUCAACUAGAAUGCGUGUUUUGUGUGAACAAAUGGACUGCCCAAUAUGUAGAAGUACUAUGCCUCAGGUAACCAAAUUAUUAUGUAUCCAGACGUUAAAAUUUCACAGUUUUAAUGGGCCUUGGAUGUUUUUAUUUCCUGCUUAAAUAGAUCUUCGGUACAGUUCAAUGUUCGGGCUCGGGAAACAUGGAUAAACGGCUUUAUUUCGUUUGGGGUCGUUUGCAAAUCAUGUCACGCAAACAAACACGUUAUCAGACCCCUCCCCCCUCGUCACAAAUCCUUUAAACCCCCCUCCCCACACCACUUAGUAUUACGUCACACCUAAAAAAAUUCAAAACAACAUUUUCAUAACUAAACUACUUUUUUUUUAUAUUUCGGCAAUCCUCCGAAGUCCGGUCUCAAAUUAUUUCAGAUGAUUACUCCUUACUUAAAAGUCUAAGGCAUCAUUUUGUUUGAAAUUCAUGUUUGUGUAUAUUUCAAUAAAUGUAUUAAAUUAUGGCAGGUGGGCCUGCUGCACUGAUAAGCAUUAGUUCGGUUAUUUUGCCAGCAGCACAACUGGGCGGAAUUGAAGUAACUCAGUGUGAGUUGUUUAUCCUGUAAUGUCAAAGAGGCUUGAAGGGUUGGAGUGGCUAGCCCGACAUGGCUUGAUUGGAAACAAUGUUAAUUGUGGAACAUGCAGGCGCCCAAUGGCCUUAGUCGCUCUUGUGGAAUGCAACGACGUUAUUUUUUGUAGCGUUUUUGCCCACGCAACACCCGUAGUAGUGUUAGAACCGGGUCAUUCUUUGCCAACUGUGAUCUAACAACUGAAAAAAUAGUUAUGAUCAUGUAUUAUUGGGUUUACGAAGUCAAGUGUAAACACGUUAUGUUGUUCGAGAGUCUAGAGCUGGGACACUAUUGUCAACUAUAACAACUAUAUUCGUCAGGAAUACUGUCAGUGGAUGCUGAGACCUAAUGGGGGGGGGGGGGGGGGGCUUCGAUGCAAGCAGCCAGUUUUCGUUGAGAUGGAUGAGAGUUGCUUUUUUCCACAGAAAAUAUCACCCAGCGACACGUUGUUACGUGUGUUGUUGGCUUGGUUGAGCGUCAUGGUAGUGGAUGAUGUUGGAUUAGGGUUGCCAGAUACGUGGACACCAAAAGGAGGACAUAGUAAAACAAAAAAGAGGACAAAGGAGGACAUUUUGAAUGUUUCAUUUGAAUCGUCCCGGAUUAAACUCACAGUCAGCACAAUUUUAUUGUAAUAGUUGCCAAUUAAGUGUAUCUUACUCUUAGUGAAUCGACCAAGAAACAGUUACGUUAAAAAAACAAAUUCUAUGAACACCUUUUUCAAAAUGUCAAAAAACAUCAUUUAAAUAGCCAAUUGUUCAAUCAUUACCUUAUAAUCUAUAUUAAUUUUGAAUACUUAGGCAGAAAAAAAGACGUUAAUUUUUUCAAUGACGCGGACACUUUGAUUAGGUUUCUAUGUCUCUCACUGUCAACAUGGCGCUCCAAGUCAUUAGCUCCUUUGUUGGCAACGGACAAGUAAUUAUCGCAAAUGGUACACUUUGCCUCAUUCUCAUUGCGUCCUUCAACGAAGCUAGGACACUUAUUUUUCAUAGUGUUCGAGAAUUUGCAUUUUCACUUUGUAGAAGCCAUUUUCAUAAACAUAGACGGCAAAAAUAACAAAUUAAAAAAACAAUUUAAAUUUGCGUCUUUGUUGCCGGAACUGGAAAUAACAUUCACAUUUUGACCAUAGAUAAUAUAGCUGUUACGCCCUGGCUUCUCUUGUGAGAAAUUAAUCUCUUCUUUUUAAUUUUAUGGCUCGUUCAAACAGUGCCUAACAAAGGACGAUACCAUAGAAAUACGAUAAUAAAGAUACGACACCCAAAACAGUUGCCACUUACAAUUAGUAAGAUUUAAUUUAGUAAUAAUACAAUACAAACAAAAGAAAUAUAAUUAUUAUAAAUCAUGAACUCACAGUAUGGUAGAUCUUGUACCGGUACACAGUUAAUACAAUGUGCCAAUUAAUAAUGAUGAACGAUCAAUGCGAAUAAACACAUAUCAGUACACAAAGAAUAAUACACGUCUUGUGAAGUUAAAAAUACCUAUCAAUCUCUCAAUCUCUCCUCUCAAUUGGCCUGUCAAUCCCUUUAUAUAUAGGGGUCUACCGACGCGUAAGCCCUGCCUUCCAGAAGCUACUCAGCAUUUGUUUACAUUUCUAGAACAAUUGCAAACGUUCUACAAAAUACUAGGAGACAGUCUAACAUAUUUAAUUGGAAAGGCGGUAGUAAGCAAGAUACAUCAAACGAAUAGGCCACGCCCACAACAAACGCUAACGUCUGCUAGGGAUCUAAUUUGGGUCAAGCAAAGUUCAAGCUUGGGAAAAUAGUGAACUACAUAACAACAGCACAGAGCUAGAGUGUUAGAAUGACUAAAAUCGACUGUUUCGCAGAAAUGCAUAGACUUUGUAGAUUGUAACAACGUAAACAUACAAUGUAAUAGUUGUAAAAACGAUACAUAAAAAUUAUAAUAUAAAUGUAAGAAAAGCUGGACAUUUUAAAGAUUUUAGCUUUGCCUGCAGGACGGAGAAUUUCCUCCUUUUGCCGGACGUCUGGCAACCCUAUGUUGGAUGGAGGUUGUUGGCCGUCGAGAUGCAAUAACACUAGAGCGCAUUAUCACUGAUCAUGUGUUACCAGGGACAACUAUCCUCACGGACGCUUGGCGAGUGUAUCAAAACAAAGUGGCUAUUCGGACCCGGGUCCGAGAAGUGAGAGAUUGGGAUUAAAAUUUAAUAAAAAAUAUUAUUGCUAGGUUUUAAGACAAAAUUUGGUAUCAAAUGAAAGAUAAUUGAAUGGACUAUAUGUUUGUAAACUUACUUCUUCAGUUUAACUAAAAUAAACUACCACAAAUGACAUCCGAAUAGCAUUGAGUCUAAAGGGACCAGGGUCUGAAUAGCUGCGAUGUGUGUCAUUUUGUCUAACAAAUCGAACAAUAAAAUUUUAAAUAGUUUAAUCCCAACCUCUCACUUCUGGUACCUGGGUACGAAAAGCCACUUCUAAACACAAAACAAUGAAGUCCUCCCUGAGUCGAAUGUAAAAUUGCCACAACAGUUUUUACGUCAUUUUCUGAUAUGCCCAGAAGUUGUGCUCAACUUAGUUUAAACGAUACCUAUAAUACCAGAGGCAAUUUGGACUUCAAAUUAAUGUUUUUAAAAUAAUUUGAAUAAAGAUUUUAGAUUUUUUAUUUUGUGAAGACACAAAUUUUUGACAACCCCCCCCCCCCCCUCCCCCUGUCCCAAGUGUCACAAAUUCUCUAUUUCUACCCCCCCCCCCUCCCCCCCCCGAGCAUGAUGUCCUUUGUGAACGACCCUUUAUGAAAAUGGUGAUCUCUACUUUUUAAUUUACCGAGCGUGCCAUUGUUUACGAUUUUUUUGCCAACUAUAUACCAGCAUGCAUAUUCUAUUUCCACCCACAUCUUAGAGUAGACAUAUUGUUUUUUCAUAGACACUUUAGGGCUAAAAUGCAGUUAAUGGCAGGGCCAGCGAUGUCUGCCAUAUCCACGGUAUAUAGGUCAUGGAGGUCCCCAUGUCAACUACUGUCCAUGGUUCCGUUUCUCAAAAUAUUUUCCCAUCAUUUUAAAAAUUUUUGUCUUGGGGGGGUAACCCUCCCCAGAAAAUUGUGUUGAAAUGUUAAAUUGCGACAUUAUAAUUAUAUAAAUGAGUGGCUUACGGGUAUUUUCUUUUCAACCAAUCAAAAAACAGCCCUUUUAACCAUGCGGAUCUUUUUUCUGAUCUUCAUCAUAAAAACUUGUACUUACCUCAAGCUAACGAUUAGAAUUUAUUUUAAUUUCUGUCGCCAGCCAAGUUGAUUCUAAUAAUAUGUUUUGAUUUUUGAAACAACAUAAUUAACUUAAAAGGAAUGACAUACUAAUUUUUUUGUCCUUCAUAUGGGAUUAAAAUAUACGUACAGCUAGUGCUUGACUUACGACCUAUGCAACUUAACGGCCAUUCGACUUUACGACCACAAUCACUAGCCAUAUUAGAUUUCAGAUUUAUUUCCGCCUCAAUUAUCAGUUGAACGGUGUUUUCUGCAAUCAUUGGCAGUUGUUAACUAAGGAAAGGGAGGCAUGAUACUAUGCUGCUAGCCCGCGUCAUCAAUUUCUAAGAAAUAACACGGUCACACUCAAUAACCCUAGGUCCAUUGACUUCCCCAAGCUCGGCUAAAGCGUUUUGAUUGGAGAGCUCUUCAGAGUUUGAAGAGUUUCAGAGUGAACAUGAACUUGAAACGAUUCAGGAAAAAAUAGUAAAACUCACCAAUGACCUUUCUUUGGAGUGUGAAAUUGAAGAUGUUGAAGAGUUGCUAGACAAAGAAUCCGGAGAACUUACAAAUGAAGAGUUAAUCGAAUUGAAAGAAUAACGAGUGGCGGAAGAAGAAAGAAGAGAAGCCAAGAAAGAAGAGGAUGAGCCAGAAAGAAAGUUCACCACUAAGUGAUUAUCAGAAGGUUUAUCUUAACUGAAUAAACUUCUCAUACAUUUCGAAGCAAUGCACCCAAACAUGGAAUGAUUUUCAAGGAUUGAACGGAUGGUGCAUGAUGUGUUUCAGUUGUAUCGUGAAAUUUAUGAUGAAAAAAAGAAUCUUACAAUUCAGACAAAGCUCACCAUGUUUAUGAAAAAACAAACUCCGGUACCCCCAACUGCUGCCUUAGAUGACGACAUUCAUGAUCUGCAGCAAAGCACCAGUGGCCAAUAAAAUGUUUCGUAUAUGUUUAUAUAUUUUGAUGUUAAUGACAAUUUGAUGUGUUUUGCGAUUGGGAAAAUGGUUCCAAUAGUAUUUUCCACACCUGUAUCUUGUAUGUUUAGCAAAUAUUAAUACAAUUAAUUAUUAGGUCCAUAACCUUUUAUAAACAUUGUUUUUACAAUUUAUUUCAGGUUGCAUUUGUAUAUAAGAAGCAAUUGUUCAGAAAUAUUAAUCUGCGUAACUGCAUUCCAAAUCGCAAGUAUAAAAUAUUCUAUGAUGAUGAAAAAGUGGAAGAAAGGUUUUCAGAGCUCUUGGAGUUUCGUUGUAAAAUAUGCCGUAACAGAGACCCUGAGAAAACAUUUGCACAGCUACAGACACAUAUGCGAAGGGAACAUGAGCUUUUUGCUUGUGACCUCUGUGUUGCAAACUUGAAGGUUGGUUCAGCCUGGAUUCAGUUGACUUAAACCCAAGUACUUUUCCCAACCCUUGUUUAGUUUAGUUGAAGUCCUUUUUAAAAAAAGAUAAAAAAUCAGAAGUGUUUUAACAUAAUCAUACAUAAUACAUACAUACAUAUAUAUAAUUUACCUUUGCAUAUUCAAAUUUAAACUUAUUUUACCUGUAGAUUUUCCCAAUUCAACGGAAGUUUUAUACACGGAAGACUCUUGCUGUUCACAGACGUGUUGGAGAUGAAGAUGAUAAGUCAUAUAAAGGCCACCCACUUUGUGAAUUUUGUGAUGUACGUUACAAUGAUAAGGAUGAGCUGCUAAAACAUUUACGCAAAGAUCAUUUUUUUUGUCACUUUUGUGAUCAGCAGGGCUCAAAUGCCUAUUAUGAGUAAGUAUUAUAAAUAUUGUUUUGACAUAAAUAGAGUCUAGGUCUAUUUGUUCAAUUUUAAUUAAAAAACAAAAAAAGCGGUGUGGCCAUUCAUUUAUUUUAAUUUUUUAUAUUAUGCUGAAAAUGUUUGUUUUUAAAAAGUAAUUUGUGUUACAAGCCCCUCUAAAAAAUACAACAACCAUUGUCAACAGGCUUUUGUGAUCAUUAAAACUUCUGGUUAAAUUGUUAAAUACAACCUCUUUUUCUCAGCCAAUAUCCUGAUUUAGCAAAGCAUUUCUCGGAGUCCCAUUUCCUUUGCACUGAAGGAGAAUGUGCAAAUCUAUCCACUCGCUUUACUCAUGCUUUUGCAUCAGACAUAGACCUGAAAGCCCACAAAGCAGCCACACAUGGCAAGAAUAUGUCUAAAGCUCAGUCACGUGAAGCUCGGACUAUAGAGUUGGACUUUCAGCGUCUUCCUCGGCGACAAAACAAUAGGGGAGGUGUGUGGAAUGGCUAAUUCAAAUUAAUAUAGAACUAAUUUUAAUUUCAGGCUAAUGCUACAUUAUUAAUAACUCAAUUAGAGGGUAAUAUUUUACACAUGUUUUCAAACAAAUGGCUAUAACUGUAAACCUUGUUCAAGUUCUAAUAACUUUCAAAACAUUAGCCAAGUCAAGUUCUUCAUUACUUUGUUAUUGAACGAGUUAUAAUAUUAUAAUAUUAAUAGGCUUGUCUUUCAACUCUUUAAUAUAUUUUGUUUUUAGGAGAUGACUUUGAUGGGGCAACACAUGGAAGAGGAGGCGGUGACAGAUUCAAUAGAAGGUGGGCAAAGAUCAGUGCUAUCUUAUUUAUUUAUCUUUUCUUUAGACUGUUGUAUUAUGUAUUUGAAACUAGUCUCAAAAGGGAAUCUAUUUAUUGUAUUUUAAUAUAUUUUAAGUUUUAAAGAAAUGUAUGGCUAUUCCAGACAAUCCUGACAGAAAAAAUUCUGUGUUUAGUAAACGUAAAAGCACUCUUCCUAAUCAUGCUAAAUGGCAAAGCACAGAUUAAAUGCAGUGUUCAAAAUGACACAUGGGUCCAGAUUUUCUUAAAUUAUCAUAUAAUAUGUUAUUGAUGCAAGUUUUGGUCCUAAAAUGUUUAAACAAUGAUCACUUUUUUAAAAGGAAUAUUGAAAUGUGGACUCUCGUGGUUUGCUCCCCAGAAGAGAUCGUGAAUUUGAUGUAGACCUACAUCGUGCCCUAGAAGAAUCAAAAGAGCUAGUAAACUCUCAGGCAAAGCCAUUUGAAGUAGAGCCAGUUCCAGAUCCUGUUCAUGAUUUUCCGACUUUAAAUGGUUCCAUAGUUCCUGCAUAUGUUACGUCAGCUGUAAGCUACAGUAGGCAGCCAAAAACUCUUGAGGAGGACUUUCCUAUUUUGUCUAAUCCAAACUCCACCCUGAGCGGUAAUAAGAAUAAUCUACAAGCCCCCAUAAAGCAGUACUCUUCACUAGUAAAUCCGCCAGUGGAUAAAAAACCAUUGGCCCCGGCUCAAAAAGAAUCUAAGCCUGUCUCUUUAGGAUCUGUUAGCAGAGCUCCACGUGAGCGCUGGUCAACAACAGUACCUAAAAUUACAGAAGAUGAGUAUCCAGCACUAGGUGCAGGUGUGACCACAAAUGAUUUAGUUUCUAAUUCUGCCAACAGCUCUUCUAACUGGAUUAAAGUGGGAAAACCUGUGGGUAUCGUACAUGCAAAAAAGACAACUUAUGCUCUUGAUAACAAUAGCCCUUUCAAAUUCACACAUACUUUAAAAACAUCAGUAAAAGAUGAGAACGAUUUUCCGUGUCUAGAUAGCGGUGGAUCUCGGGGAAAUAAAGUUUUUCCAUUUACAGAGAAGUUAAAACUGACCAAUGGUAGUAGUGACAGUAAAAUUAAGAAACCAAAAUCUGAAAAAUAUGAUGAUGCAAUGUUUGAGCUACCUGAAAGUUAUUACACGUCAUUUGAAAGCUCGUCAGAAAAGCAGGCAGAUAGUGCACUUGAAGCCUUUACUGUUGUUGAGAAGCGAAAGACUACUGUUCCAUCCAGUAAAAGUUUUAAUGAUUUUCCAGAAUUACCUUCACGGGAAAAUAAAGUAAGUGUCACUAGUGUUAGUGGAUAUGACAAGAAGAAGAUAAAUAAAAAGAAAAAAGAAAAUAAGUCAUCUUUCCAACCAAAAUCAGCACCUAGUCAGGAAAUCAAUGCAUCUUUAAAUGAAAUAGCCCAGGCCUUGGUUAAAGGAUCAACCAAACAAGAUGAAAAGCAUGGUUCAGUGUUAGCGCGUAAGCUGCCAAAGCCCACAGACUGGUUUGAUAAUCCACAAGUUGAGGCAGCUGAAACUAUUCAGCAACCUAAAAAGGUUGAGAAAUCACCACCAUUGAGGCUAAGUGGUUUAUCACUGACUUCUCCUCCCUUUAAAGUUGAUGAUAACUUCCCCUCCUUGCAUGCCAUGUCUACUUCAGUCCAGCAGCCUAAGCCACCACCAGGCUUCUCAGCUGAGCCACUUUCACCUGUUAUUAAAGUUACCAGCCCCAUCCCUGCACCCCCCGGAUUUAAGAUCCCACCAAGCACUCCUCCAGGAUUUAUACCCAGUGCUGUGUACAUCCAGCCUGUAGGCUUCAAGGAACGCAACCUGAAACUAGUUGGAGACAUUCGACAAGCUCUCGCCGUUGUGGAACAAGGCUUUGACAGCUUCAAAGCACUGUCUGCCCAGUUUCGACAAGGUGCAACAGAUGCCAGCCAUUACUAUUUCAGCUGCCAGGCUCUGAUGGGAGAUGAAAAAUUUGUCAACAUUUUUCCUGAACUGUUGGCCCUUCUUCCAGACAUUGGCAAACAGCAGGAGUUAUGGAAAGUGCAUCAGGCAUCUAUUGGUAGGACUUCCAAAUCAUCCUCUGGCACUCUUGGAACCGGUGAAGUUGAAACCCCAAGCACAGCCCAUUGGCUGGCUGCAGAGACAAUAUCACAAUGUUAUAUUUGUGGGCAGGUGAUACUUAGGCAUGACUCUGUUGACCACCAGCGCCAACAUACCGGCUUCAUUGAUUUUUCAUCUCUAGGUACAACAGUGUCAAAUGCCAGUGGAGUUGUUUGUAAAUAAAUGGAUGAUGUCAAAAAAGAUAAAAUGAUGGUUUAGUUGAUGCCUUGUUCAAAUUCUGGUUUAUUUGUUUACAAUAGAUUUUCUUUAUUGGCUUUGGGAUAUUAAUAACCACUGACUUGUAUAAAGUUCUUUUGUUAAAUUUAGUUAUCAGUUUUAUUUCUCCAGCUUUAGUUUCUAUCAUAUUAUUAAAAUUUGUUGAAGAUGUUAAAGAUUUCACUUUGUUCUGGUAUUUUAAGAGUAAAUUUUUCUAAAUAACAAUUUUUUUCUUCUACUUCUAGUUUUUGCAUUAAAACACUAUGUUUAAAAGGCAGUACAUUUGUACAUAAUAUGUAUAUAUGAGUUCUUGUAAAUCUUAGAAGAAAUGUUUAUAGUUAUUGCCACUACUUGUUGUUGAUUGUUAAAAGUGUAAACUAAUAUUAUGUUGUAUUUUUUUUAUUGGUUUGUUUGAAAAUUAGCUAUUAAUAAAUUAUAAAUAAGGUACCAGUGCUCUAAAAUUAUUAUUAACAAUUCAUUCUUCAUGGCCUUAUCUUUGCCUCAUUAGCUCUAGUGAUGCAUGAGCCAUCCAUGAAUUCUGUCCUUUUUCUCACUCUCUGUCAUAUUGUCAAGGUUGCUUCUCCAUGAGUUUUGUUUUAAUUGCUUUUGAAUAAACUACUAGUCCUAUCAUUUUUAGCAUGGAUUCCAACAGACGUGUCAAAGAACUCUUCUUUGAUGAACCUGGAGACAAUGGUCCCUAAACUAUAAUAAUAGAGGGAUUUCCAAUUUAUACUUCAAUGAAUACUGCAGAUGUACAUUUUAAAAGUCUCAAUGGAAUAGUGGGACAACACACAUUCACAUACAUUUUUGCUUAAUGAUUAAUCAAUGGGUGGCUUUUUUGUCAACAUGUUUUUCCUAUUAAUAUUGGUAGUAUUAGGCAGUAGAGAAGUGAUGGGAUGUUUGGCUCAUCAAAAAUAAUAGUUAUCUAGGUAUGUAUGAAUGGCUGUAAUGCUGUGUUCUAUAGGCGGGCAAAAGAAAAUUUCCAGAAGUUAGUACUAAUAUUAAUAGUAAAAUGGAUUCUUAUAAAGUGCAUCAGGUGAAUGUGUGUUUUGUCAAAUAUCUUGAGUAGAUGGGAAGUUCAUGUCUUGCUCUAACCAUUGUUGGACGGGUUACUUUUAGUGCUAGUCAAGUAAGAUUCAUUAGAAUUAGAUGAGGUGCGAGAUUUAUUUAUUACAAAAUAUUCAUGAACCUGAGAAAUGUUCAAAACAGUGUAACAAGACAAUCUUAAUUUUUUUCAAAUUCAGUUCAUAAGUCACACAAUCAAAUGAAAACACAUUAAUUUUUUUGUUUUAAAAUAAAAGUAAGCCUUAAAACAUUUCCUGCCAAAAAUGCAGGCUAACCUAAAUGUACUGUUCGUUUUUGUACACAAAGUAGUAUUUUGCAUUAAAGUAAAGAUAAAGUUUAAAUCUAAAGGCACUAUUCAACAAUUCAAGUAUGAAGUAAUGAAGUUGAAAUGUUUCUUUAUCAAAAUUAAUUGUUUUAUAAUCUUGAAGGUGAAGAUGCUUUAAUUAUUUACCUUUAAAUCAACUUGGAAGCAAAGUAUGGAACCCUCUGAUAUUUUAUAGACGUGAAAAAUUAUUAAAUAUUCCAUAAUUGAUCAAUUAAUCUCAGCCUCUGCUAAUAAAUGUAAUUUUUUGUAGGAAUGUUAGAAUUUUUAGAUUGUUUUAGUCAUUUUUUUUCUUUCUUUUGUUGCUCUGUGUUUUUUUAAUGCAGUACUUUAAAAAAUAUUGUAAUGAAGCCAUUUUGUAAGUUUCAUUGGAUUUAUUUAAAUUUUAUAUUUUCUAUUUAAAAUAAAUGUCCUGAAAACAGAUAAACGAAGUAUAUGGGUAAGUGUAGCUUUUUACACUAGGUUUAUUUUAAAGUGUAUUACCACAGAAGUCAUGGUGUUCUUCUUGAAUAGUUUUGUUAAACUAAUGCAUUCAAUAACUUAAAACUACAUAGUUAUGCAUAUAUUUAAAUUUAGUUGUAAAGAUUUGAACUUCUAGCAUUAUAAUGAUACUAAUGUAUUUAACUUUUAGUUUUAGUAACCGUUCAUGGUUCUUCAAGAACAAUGUCCUACCUGUAGUUCAGUAGAACAUUAAUUAGUGGAGAAUAGGAAUCUUACAUUUUAAUCUAACCCUACAGUAAGUAUGGAUUUUGCUUCUUUUUUAUAUGAAGUUGCUUUUAUGAACUAUUUCUUUUUAUAAAUAUUUUCUAAUUUUAAAAGUAAAAGACAACAAAAAUAAUGGCAUUAAUAAAAACUAAGCCUUUUUUGUUUCCUUUUUGAGAACCUUUUUAAUUUUCUUUCUUGCUAUAUUAAAUUUUAAAAAAAUGUUAUUUACAAAAUUUCAUUUGUUAUGGAUAAUUUGUUUAAAGAGUUUUGGUUACUGGUACUUUCUCUUUUAAGUUCUAUUGAUGAAUAUUUUAGACAAGCAUAUUUGCUGUACCGUGUACUCAUUAUAGACUUGGCUAAAACAAGUGUGUAAUCUUACUGAAUUCUAGUAAUUAAUUUUUGUGAAGAAUCAAGCCUUAAUAAUUCAGGACUAUUGCAAAUUGUUGAAACUAUUGUAUUCCAAUUAGGAACUGUCACUUAAUUGUUUUAGUUUCAAUUGAAUGAUGACCCCCAAAGUUUUCCCAGUGUGAAAAAUCUAAUUUGUGUGAUGUCCUCUACCCUUGUACUCCAGAUACCCUGAAAAGGGGAUUAUUUUAAUGUCCUACACCUAAACUUCAUCCAGUUUUGGUUGCUUCAUUAAACUUACCUCUAUACCUAUGUGUGUACAACUUGUGUAUUUUUUUUUAAAUAGUUAACACUAUUUUAUUUAUAUGCCUAAUGUACAUUAUUUUUGU